GGCGGUGAGGGAGGAGUUACGGAGUUUGAGCUCUGGGUUUGAGGGCCACCCGGACUCGUCAUGGCUGUGUCAGUCAGAGCAGGUCGCGCGCACAGAGCCUUUAUUUCAGUCACACAGCGAUGCAGCCACAGCAGCACUGCCCUCAAACCUCAGUAUGACGCAGUUAUUAUCGGUGCAGGUCACAAUGGCCUCAUUGCUUCAGCAUAUCUGCAGAAGGGAGGCCUGAGAACAGCAGUGCUGGAGCGCAGACAUGUGCUUGGGGGAGCAGCUGUGUCUGAAGAGAUCAUUCCAGGGUUUCACUUCUCCAGGGCCUCCUAUCUGCUUAGUUUAUUACGUCCACACAUCUACCAGGACCUGGAGCUUAAGAAACAUGGCCUGAAGGUUUACAUGAGGGACCCCUAUUCAUUUACCCCCAUGCUGGAGGAUGGUGUAGGAGGGCGACCACCGCGGUCUUUACUGCUCGGAUCUGACCUGACAAAUACGCGGCAAGAGAUUGGCAAAUUCUCUGAGAAAGACGCCAAGGUGUAUCCUGAUUUUUUACGCUAUUUGGAAACACUGGCCUGCGCCAUCCACCCACUGUUAGACGCUCCACCCGUUGACAUUCCAGGUCUGACUCAGGGCUCUUUGACAAAGAGAUUAUCUGCCCUGAGGAGCUUGAAACCUUUGGUGAAGUCUGG